GAGCCGAGCCAAAAGAGCUUGCGCUCAGGAAAGAGCCAAACCUCCAGUCACUAAAUUACAAGUCAAGCUAGUUGCUUCCCUACACGCCCAUACCACUUAAAGCAGCAGCACACCACCUGACACAUGUCAAGGAAAAGAGCGGGACAAAGCAUGAAGACCCGAGAAGCGAAGAUCAUCAAUCAGGGCCAGGACGGUGAGAUGGAGGUGUGGGGGUACCGGCCCUGUCCGUGGAGAAUCGUCCUGGUGGGUCUUGGUGCCAUUUGCUCUGGUGGUCUGCUGUUGUUGCUGCUCUACUGGCUGCCCGAGUGGGGGGUCAAAGCCACCUGCACACACACGUCCCUGAAGGAGGCGCGCAGACUUCUUCUCAGGACCACGGAUGAUUUCAGGCAGUGGUUUUGUGCCAAAGUACACGUGAUUUGGGCACCAGGGCAUACGCCCUUUGACAACGUGGGUCAGCAGUCUACAACACAGUUACAGGGUGGGGAGGGACACCAAAGCCUGAAGGAGCAUGAUGGGAAAUUCACUCCGAGAGAAUCUGUUCAGGUCCACUUCUUCACCCACCACAGCGUUAAAUACUACUGGAAUGAAGGGACGCAGAACUUUGAAACAUUCACGGGCUUGGAGGAUACGAACGUGAGCUGUGCACACAUUCACACCGACCACAGCUCUGGACUCACCAAAACACUGCAGGACUACAGGGCUUUGUUUUUUGGCAAGAAUGAGAUUGACGUAAAAGUGCCGCCUUUAUUCAAGCUCUUUGUAAAAGAGGUCUUGAAUCCGUUUUACGUCUUCCAGAUUGCCGCUGUUAUUCUGUGGAGUUAUGAAAACUACUACCAUUUUGCGACUUUCAUGAUUGUGCUGUCUGUUGUUUUAGUAGUCACCUCUGUAUACACCAUUAGAAAGAAUUACAAGCGACUACGUGACAUGGUGGUGUCGCACUCUAUGGUGCAAGUUUCACUGUGGAGAGGGAACAAAGGUAUUGAACAGGUCAUGUCAACAGAGCUCGUGCCAGGUGAUGUCAUCACUAUUCCAGCAAACGGGAUGAUCAUGCCCUGUGACGCCGUGCUUAUCUGUGGCAUGUGCACUGUCGAUGAGAGCAUGUUGACAGGGGAGGGUGUUCCAGUUACUAAAACCAGUGUGCCAAGUUCAGGUGAGGUGGCAGACAGAAUCUAUAAUGCAGAGGAACACAAGCUACACACCCUCUUCUGUGGCUCACAUGUUAUUCAGUGUCCUGCUGCUAAGCAGGUGAAGGUGGUCGUGGUCAGAACAGGUUUUAGUACAGUCAAGGGCCAGCUUGUGCGCUCCAUCCUCUACCCUGAACCCAUCGACUUCAAACUGCACCGUGAUGCUAUGCAUUACAUGAUGUGUAUGGUGGCUUUUGGAGUGAUUGGGGUCAUCUACGUCAUCGUUGUGGGUGUCAUGUACCAGAGUUCAGCUCACAGGAUCAUCAUAGACAGUUUGAACAUCAUCUCAGUCUCUGUGCCCCCAAUUUUACCUGUGACCUUGACCGUCGGUCUUGUGAAUGCACAGCGGCGCAUGAAGAAAAUUGGCAUCUUCUGUAUCAGUCCACAGAGAAUCAACAUCUCUGGUCAGCUGAACCUGGUCUGCUUUGACAAGACUGGUACUCUCACUGAGGACAGUUUGAACCUGUGCUGUGUUCAAAGAGCUGAAGUUGGCAUUUUUUCACCUCCAGAGACUGAGGUAGCGACAGAGAGUCUUGUGAAGACUUCUUUUGUCGCCUGCAUGGCUACCUGCCACUCACUGACCACCAUAGAGGACAAACUCUGUGGAGACCCUUUAGACCUCAGGGUGUUCAGCGCCACAGGCUCGGUCCUCGAGGAGCCGAAAGAAGAACACGCUGCACUUUACAAUGCCAAAAUUUCUGCGAUUGUGCGAUAUCCGCAGCAAUGGGGGGAGUUUGGCAUUGUGCACCAGUUCCCAUUUUCCUCGAUGCUGCAGAGGAUGAGUGUGGUGGUCAGGCAGCUGGGACAAAAACAUUUUGAUGUCUACCUGAAAGGAGCACCAGAGACUGUGGCUAACCUCUGCAAACCACACACAGUCCCCCAGAGUUUCACAGUGACGCUGAAGGGUUACACCCAGCAGGGUUUUAGGGUUCUUGCCUUAGCACAUCAUCAACUGGAGUCCAAACUCUCCUGGCGCCAAGUCCAAAGCCUCAGUCGAGAGCAGAUAGAAAGCAACAUGAACUUCCUUGGCUUGAUCAUCAUGCAGAACAAAAUCAAAGAACAUACUGAAAGCACGUUGCUUGACUUGCGACAAGCCAACAUCCGUACUUUGAUGGCUACAGGUGACAACAUGUUGACAGCAAUAUCAGUGGCUCGGGGCUGUGGGAUGGUUCAAGCCCAUGAGGAAGUUAUUAUUGCCGACGCUGUGCCUCCAAACGAUCGAAACGCUGCUAGUAUCACAUGGCGCUACUCUGACAAGCCUGUUCUGAACAACAAUCAGACUGCUGAGGUCAGCUUUUCUGGGGAGGAGGUGAAGGACGAGGCAGAGUCGCGCUAUCACUUUGCUGUGAGUGGCCAAGCCUUUGCUGUCAUCACUGAACACUUUCCAGACCUUGUCCAGAAGUUCCUCAUGAGAGCCACCGUGUUUGCUCGUAUGACACCAGACCAGAAGACUCAGCUGGUGCAAGCCCUUCAGAACAUUGAUUACAUUGUAGGGAUGUGUGGGGAUGGUGCUAAUGACUGUGGGGCCCUGAAGAAAGCUCACAGUGGGAUCUCUCUGUCUGAGCUGGAGGCUUCUGUGGCUUCCCCCUUCACUUCCUCCAUCCCAAACAUCUCCUGCGUUACCAACCUGAUCAGGGAGGGCCGUGCUGCUCUUGUAACAACCUUCUGUGUGUUCAAAUUCAUGGCCCUCUUCAGCGUCAUCCUUUACUGCAGUGUCAAUCUGCUCGUUUCAGUUUCCAGCUUGUUUGGGAGUAUCCAGUUCCUUUUCAUUGACGUUGGCAUUUCUGUAAUGAUUCCCUUUACAAUGGGUCUCAACCCUGCGUGGAAGAAGCUGGUGCGACAAACCCCCCCAACCCGACUGAUCACCGGCCCAGUGCUCUUCUCAGUUAUAUCUCAAAUUGUCAACUGCCUGCUGUUCCAGCUUUUGGCUUUUUUCCUAGUACAGCAACAGAGUUGGUAUCAGACGCUUGAGCCAGCGCCCUGCGAUGGGUCCAACUUAAGUGAGCACAACCACACCACAGUUGGAAUUGAAGGCGAAAACUACAUCAGGACCUUUGAAAACACCACCAUCUUCUAUGUUGCUUCCUUCCAGUACUUGAUUGUAGCCAUUGUCUUCUCCAAAGGAAAACCGUUCAGACAACCGAGCUAUAAAAACUGGCCAUUUAUGUUGUCCUGCUCUAUUCUGUAUUCUUUUUUCUUGUUCAUCAUGCUGCAUCCCAUUCCCGCCAUAGACAACACAUUGAUGAUCAUGUGUAUUCCCUACGACUGGCGCAUCGCACUCGUCAUCAUUGUUGUAGGACAUGCUGUUGUCUCUUUCACACUGGAGAUUUUGAUCCAUGACAUCUUGUGGAUGACUGUUAAAGCCAAACUGUGUGGAAAGCGGACCACCAAAUCCCCUGCCGCAAACACAGCACAGGUGGUGAAUGACUGCGCCUUCCUCUCCUGGAUCUUCUGUCAGAAAAAACGGCCCCCAAAGAGUCAAUACAAGCAUCUUGCUCUGAGCCUGCAGGAGCAGGCUGACUGGCCUCCUGCGCCAUCUACUAUCACCUACGCCAGCAUGCCCUGAGCCUCUCUUCUCUGUCCCAUUUUGACACCAAUAACACAUCUCCCGUAGAAAAGAGCAUGUAGUUUAAUCUUAAUAUAAAAGAAAAUGACUUUGAAAGCUAUGUAUUUAACGGUGUAGUUGUAUUAUUCUGUAAAAGGUCUGAAUGUCUAUUAGGAUUAAUAGUUCUACAUAUCAUCUAUCCUAAAAAUGUAACGUUCCUUUUUGUCACAAGUGGGGGACGCCACUUGUAAAAGGGGCGGAUCCCAACGCAGGGAAGCAGACCAAAAAUAGAUACAAAGGUAUUUAUUAACGCAACGUGUCCCAAGCGGGGAAAAGUACAACACAAGCAAAAAGUCCCAAACCAAAAGUAGAAACACAAAACGCUGCCAGCAGAAGGCUGACAGGAAACAACUAGAAUACAACUGAGAAACACUACAGGAAAACCUGAGCGGGAACAACAACUAGUGUAGCAGGAAAUAGUUCUAAGCAGAGGGUGCAAGGGUGAGCCAGAAAGCGGGGAACAGGUAAGGAACUCAAACAAUGUACGGAGAUGAGCAAAUUCAAAAAAACAAUGCAAGCAGUUGAUAUUUGCUAAAUAUAAGGCAGAAGAGUCUUGAUUAUUAUACUUAUUGCUCUGUCUUGAUUGGUUUUAUUAUUUAUUUAUUAUUACACUGAUUACGGAUUUCAAGCCUUUCUAGAGCCCUAAGAUUUCCAUGUUAAUGGAAUGGCGGAAUUGGCCAAUAAACGCGGAAUCUUGCAGAAAUGUACUUAAUAUGAAUGAAAUGCUGUCAUCGUGAGAAGAAAAUACAUUUGUGUGGGAAAGCAUUUCCCUGGCGGACCGCUCACUCUUGGCGGAAUCUCAUCACAAACACGCGGGGGCAGCAGUCUCAGUAGGGAAGCCCAGACUUCCCGGUCCCCGGCCACCUCUACUAGUUCCACUGGGAGGACACCAAGGCGUAAUCCCGCCAGUGUGUCCUAGGUCUGCCCCGGGGCCUUCUCUCGGCUGGACAUGCCCGGAACACCUCACCAGGGAGGCAUCCGGGAGGCAUCUGGACUAGAUGCCCGAGCCACCUCAGCUGGCUCCUCUCGAUGUGAAGGAGGACCCGGUUGACUGAGCUCCUCACUCAGCGUGAGGUGAGUCCAGCCACCCUGCGGAGGAAACUCAUUUCAGCCGCUUGUAUCCGCAAUCUCGUUCUUUCAGUCAUGACCCAAAGCUCAUGACCAUAGGUGAGGGUGGGAACAUAGAUCCACCAGUAAAUUGAGAGCUUUGGCUUCCGGCUCAGCUCUCUCUUCACCACGACGGUCCGGUACAGCGACCGCAUUACUGCAGACGCUGCGCCGAUCCGCCUAUCGACCUCACGUUCCAACCUUCCCUCACUCGUGAGCAAGACCCCGAGAUACUUGAACUCCUCCACCUGGGGCAGGACUUUAUUCCCAACCCAGAGGGAGAAAUCCACCCUUUUCCAACUGAGAACCACGGCCUCGGAUUUGGAUUUGUUUGCAAACCACAAACACAAUUUCUGCUACACAGGACAAGGUACAGGAACUUUGGAAAUCCAAUAAAAAGUUGCCUUUAGUUUCCGCCGACAUCACGCUUGUUACUUAGCACGGGAACCGCCUUAAACGUCUUUUGUUUUGCUUCUAAUGGGCACCACACACGGGAGGCGACAAACGACUGCGAUUGGCGAAACUCAUCGCCGACGCGUAGCAAACCAUGCACUCGGGAGGCGACGAGCGGCUGUGACCAGCGACACCCGCGAGCGACGUGUUCACAUACAGAGCGGAUUGUACAAGUCUCCCACGGAGGAUUCGGAGGGUCAGAUGUGGAGGGAAUUUUGGGGUAUCAAAGUAGUUCAGAGGAGGAAAAGGGGCCAGUGUUGAUUGAAUACUCUUGCUAGUAGCCAAUCUUGUUAGUAUUGAAGAUAAACCGUGUAAAAUGAAUGUAAACUUACCCGAUAUGUUUAUUCUGGUUCCCAUGCCACUUUUUUCUUCAUAGUCUUUCUGGGAUCAUGUCGUAAACCAGCAUGUGCACGAUGAGACGUCCCGUCGCCCUAACUUGCAGUUUCCAUUGGAAAUGAAUUGAGUAGAGGCGAUGGCGCCUCCCGUGUGUCCAGCUGCAAAACAAGAAGCUAGGCUAUAGUUAGAGUAUAGGGCCAAAUUACUCCACGUGAAUAAAACGUUAUUAGGUUCAUUAUGUAUUGAUAUCUAAAAAUCAUGUGGUGUCCAAUCAUCACGAUUGCUAUCACUGACAUAUAUUUUGGUGAGUCCAAAGGUAUAUUUGCCAGAAUUUUUCAUUAAUUUAACAUUGUACAGCUAUCUUUUUCCAUGUUUUUUUAUAUUUGGCGGUGAUGGAACAAUGCAAGAAAUAAACAAGUUUUGAGUGCACCUCAACUUACAUUUUGACUCCCUUGUCGGGUUUUUAGUCAGCAGGUUCAGAGAACAUGUCAUAUAUACAGGGUCAGGCGAAAUGACCUGACACAUUUUGUAGGUUAAAUAAAAGGCAAAUAAAGUAAAGAAACAGGAAAGUGUUUUUAUUUUCGUAGCUGUGAAGUUGGUAACCCAUAACAAGAUCGUGGUUCGAGCUCAUGUCUACCAAGAUUGAAGUGCAAACGGAACGCUCGUCGUGUUGCAGUUACAGAUUCGUUUGUUUUGAUAAACGUUUCCACAAUGAAAGCGCGAUGCUCACCAGUCCAAUUCACGGCAGCAACCGAAAAAGAAACGAAAAACAAUGGCAUUAUAAAGAAACAAAGCAAAAUGGCAUUAUAUGUACUUUCCUAAAAUAAAAACACUUUUUUGUUUCUUUACUUUAUUUGCCUUUUAUUUGACCUACAAAUGUGUCAGAUGAUUUUGCCUGACCCUGUACGAAAUAUACAAGGAUAGACAAAGCAGAUCAACAACAUGGGAAUGAAUGAGGUCAUAAAUGUAAAUGUACUGAUAGCGCUUACGUUGCAUGACAUCCCCAUCAGCAUCUUAGUGAACCCAAUUGAAACUUUUGCUCAUAUGUUGAUCAUUUAGUACAUGUUACAUGCACUGUCAGUAAGAAAGCCCUCAAAGAUUGCAGCGUUAACUGCAUUUUGUCAUUUCAUGCCAAUGUCGAAGCCUCAAGGCAUCUUUCUGUUUGCUCUGCAGAGCUGCCAUACCAUUUUACAACAGAUAUGCGUAUAAAGCCACUCUUGCAUACUUCAUGGGGGGCUGAUAUUGGUCACACGUUUUCAGCAGACAUCUACUGAUCAUUUCGGGACUUUCCCAGCCUUCUUGCUGCCUGGCAUAUGGGAGUCUAAAGGCGCGAGAGUGGAGGAGACAGAGGGGUAUCAUUUCAUGUGGAGAUCAGGGCCUAUAGGCUGUGAAUGGGUGGAUUUAGGGGGGACUGUGAAUGAGGCAAGGGGGUCCUCAGUUGUACCAAAAGAAAGGAUUCUCCCACAGAUCAGGGAAGAGCCUUUUGGGAAUAUUCAUGAUGAGGAUGAGGAUGCGUCAUGAAUUGAUGCGUGUCUCUGACUUGCACGGAUCAUCUUUUCAGUAAACACCAAUGUCUACAGAGUGGAGAUGUGUUUGCCGUGUAGUUUGAAGGAUAGUGUUGCCUCUCCACAAAGCAAUAUGGGUUUUUGUGCCCUCCGCUGUACUCCUUUUGUAUCCGUAGAGCAACAGAUGGAGGCUGGUGGAAAGACAUAAAGAAGCGAAAACCCACAGCCUUUCUUCCUCACAGCGAGCCACCCUGUGAAAAAGGUUUUCUCAAGCUUGUGCUCAGACGUGCGCUAUUGCAAACAUUUUGGACUUCAUCUGCCGUCUCUUUUAGCCAUACGCUUUUUUUUUUGUCUGAAAGCCGUGUACUUUCAAGAUUCGGGACAAUACGCACAGUCUUUAUUUACAGCGCCCCCUGCAGAGCUUUCAAGCUCGCCCAGAAUAACAUGUAAGUCCUUUCACGCUUUUUAGAUGCUUGUGCACGUAUUGGGACUGCAGGCGGACGCCAAUCUGGGUGGCUUCUCAUACGGCCCUCGCCAUGAUUAAUAGUCUGGACACAAGGCCAAACCUGAUGCUCACUUACGGUUGGCUUCAUUUUGCGGAAAACACAAAGGCAACCUCGUCUGGUAAAAGGUUUGUGACCCACCAGAAGGCCGCAAUCCCUUCUGUGCCUUCAGCAUGGGCUCCUUCCUCGGGCCUUCUUCCUUUAUCGGAGCCUCCGGGUCUGAAUGGGCUCUGUGGUUGGUCAAUAAAUUCAGUGAUUCAGGGGGUGGACAGUUGCAGCCGUGUUAACAUUUGUUCACAGGCUUGUCGAAGGGAUGCCCCGCCCACUGGCUCUUUGUCUCCUCUGGUCCCGCAACAGGUUAGAAGUCAAUGGAGGGCCUUGUGCGGAGGUGGCAGGGGCAUGGAUGGAGCCGCCUCUCACAUGGUGUUCACACAGGGGGAGGACCAGCUCGGAUCACUGUGACACUUGUUAGCGUGGGGCCACACAGCAUUGCUGGGUUGCCUCCACUGCUCUCCCCCAGGGUCUGUGCGAUGUUUUAAACAAACUAAAUGGUUCGCUGUUGAGGUAAGAUGAGCUGCACUCAGAGGCCACAUUGAAAAGAGGUGUAUCUUACGAUCUUAGUUUACUUAUCAGACGCACAAUAAAAUGAGGCCAGGCCUUCAUUAGUCAACUAUCUACAAUGAUCUGGACUUUAAAUUCUGGAUGAGAAUACAAUUGAUGCGCCAUUAUGGCCCGUUCUUGGUGGUUUCACGCACUUUGUUGAGAUGAAGUAUGAGAGAAGACAAAGUGGGAGAAAAGACACACACACACACACACACACACACACACAGAGGAGGGCUUUUGCAGACAGAAAGCUGUGGACAGAAUAAGACGAACAAAACUGAAGAGGGACUGUCAUGAGAAGAUGAGAGUUGCCAUGGCCACCCAGGAGCCACCCAGCAAGCAUGCAAGCUUUGGAGCAAGGGGCCCGGCCCCGGUGCUUGUGGAUCACAUGCACUAACCAGGGAUUAUGUGCAUAAGUGAUGAGCGCUAAGC